AUGGUUUGGGUUGCUAUGAGUCUAUCCGUGAAUGUGGUUGCCAAGCUGAACUGUAAUACGGAUCACACCGGUCAUCGCAAUUCGCCAUUAAGCCACUUUCACCGAAUAGGUCAAGAAGUUAUGCCAAUUUCUACACUAUAUCUUUACCUCUGUGGCGUUGGCUUGCAGAUACCAACCAGCCCCUAA